UUAAUUAACUUGUGAAACAACUGCAAUGGUGGUUGGCAGAAUUUGUGGAGAAUUGAUUUCUGUACCCUAUUCUGUGCAUUUUCUGGGCUUCAAGCCCACUCGCUGCAGGGCCGAAUAAACCCAAGUUUUACUCUGCAUCACUGCCCUCCUCCGUCGGUCAAGCAGAGGAAGAAAUGAACGACGACGCAGCAGAAGCAGAAUACUUCUCCAAGGACUUCGAAUGGGAAUCUUUGAAACAAGAAACAGAAAACAAUCCCUCUUAUGAAUAUCAUUUGCUUCCUUUCAAUCGACAACUACAAUCACAGGAAGAAGAAGAGGAGGAAAGUGGUGAUUCUAAGGCAUGGCAGAUGUUCCACAUCCGCCAUUCCUCAGGCAAAUUCUUCAAGGAGAGGAGGUACUUAUUGAAGGAGUUUCCGGAGUUGGUUUCUUGUGAUGACUUUUCUAAGGUUUUGGAGGUUGGCUGUGGUAGUGGAAGUUCUGUAAUUCCAAUUCUACGGGGCAACAAAAGCAUCAUCGUUUAUGCUUGUGAUUGUAGCAUUGAGACGCUUGAGAAGGCCAAGCAGAUUGUGGAUGCCACCGAUAUAAUCUUAGUCCAAAACCGUUUUAAGCCAUUCUAUUGUGGUUUUGGUUUUACUGGGUUCCCCAAGUGGUUGCUUUGUGAUUCUUGCUCAUUAAUUCCUACACUAAAUCAACAGGAAUGCUUCUCCUCAGAUGGUUCAUAUUGCUUGAAAGAAGGUGGCUGUUGCAUUGGCGGGGUUGAUUUUGUUACCUUGAUAUUCACACUAUCAGCAGUGCCAUUCAAUAGAAUGCCAACAGCCAUUUUGGAGUGUUUCUUUGUAUUGAAGCCUGGUGGUCUGCUCUUAUUUAGGGACUAUGGGCUUUAUGAUAUGACCAUGCUGCGAUUUGAAGCAGACAAAAGAGUGGGGUUCCGAGAGUACAUGAGAUCAGAUGGCACUCGAUCUUACUUCUUUUCUUUAGAAACUGUCAGGGAUCUUUUUGUUGGAGCAGGCUUCAUUGAGCUUGAGCUCGAGUACUGUUGUGUUAAGUCUGUGAAUCGCAGAAAAGAGAGGAGUAUGCGAAGGGUGUGGGUUCAUGGGAAGUUCCAGAAACCUGCAAGUAGAAAAGGUGUCUCAUGUCAGACGAUCUGAGUAACAAUUUUAGAGUAAACAUAUUUUUGGACAAGAAAUUAUUGUCUUGUUAUCGUAUAAUCUUGUAACAGUAUGCAGCGAAUUUUGAAUGGUGGAAAGAGGUAGCUAGGCAAAAUUAAUUGUUGAAGAAAGAAUCAUUCUCUUGCUUCAUUGGAUCUUCCUUCUCCAGUUUGCUUGUAGUGAGAUUGUAUCAGUGAAUGUGAAUUGAGAUUGAUGAAAAGGUGAUUUUCAUUUUGGAUA